CCGAACGACGCACGGACGGAGCGAGCUGCAACAAGGCCGCUGACAGGUGCCCGCACACACAGGGGCCUUUAAAUCAAGAACAACGGCGAAAACCCCCGGGCCGCCCGCAACCGAGGUUUACAACUCAUUCCGGCGAUUGUGCAGCUAUGCAGCUUGAAAUCCAAGUAGCACUCAACUUCAUUAUCUCAUACUUGUACAAUAAACUGCCACGCCGAAGGGUCAACAUCUUUGGAGAGGAAUUGGAACGGCUGUUGAAGAAGAAAUAUGAAUGUCACUGGUACCCGGACAAGCCAUAUCGAGGGUCUGGAUAUAGGUGUGUGCACAUAGGGGAGACCAUCGACCCUGUCAUCGAGAGAGCUGCCAAAGAGAGUGGACUGGACAUGAAGGAUGUUCGUGACAACCUGCCUCAGGAAUUGAGCGUGUGGGUCGACCCGUUUGAAGUGUCCUAUCAGAUUGGAGAGAAGGGUCCCAUCAAGGUGCUAUAUGUGGAUGACAGCAACGAUACUGGGAAUGACCUGGACAAAGAAAUCAAAAAUAGCUUCAACCCCGAGGCCCAGGUCUUUAUGCCUAUUUGCGACCCAGUGGGUGGAUCGCCUGUAUCCAGCUCUCCCUCUCCUCCGUUUGGUCAGUCUGCUGCUGUGAGCCCCACUUUCAUGCCUCGUUCCACCCACCCUUUAACAUUCACCACUGCCACUUUUGCUGCUACAAAAUUCGGCUCGACCAAAAUGAAGAGCAGUGGCCGCAACAACAAAGUUGCUCGAGCAUCCCCCACCAGCCUCGGCUUGAAUGUGAAUACCCUGCUGAAGCAGAAGGCCCUGUCGACAUCCAUGCACUCUCUCUAUGGGCUUGGUGUGGGUGUGGGCAGCCAGCAACAGCAGAAGACUUCAGCCCUCUCCCCCAAUGCCAAGGAGUUUAUUUUCCCUGGCAUCCAGGGGCAAGGGGGUUCCAGCGCAAUGUUCCCAGGGGAAAACGCCCUAAACCUCAGUCCUCUCCAGUAUGGUAAUGCCUUUGACAUGUUUGCUUAUGGAGGCCUCAGUGAAAAGUCCUUCAUGGAUGGUCUGAGUUUCAGCCUCAAUAACAUGCAGUAUUCUAACCAGCAGUUCCAACCUGUCAUGGCUAAUUAGAGGUUCUGGCUCUAUAAUUAUAAAAGUUUAGACUUCAUUGAAGCCAAGGGUAUUUCCCCUUAAAUCCCUUGAGAUCACUUAAAAAAAAAAAAAAAAAAAAAAAAAAAAAUUGAAUUGGAGCGUUAAAAGCUUGUAGUUUGGCACUUGGUUAUUUAAAAAGCAUCAAUUUUUGGUUUUGCCAACCGAGCACAAAGAUGAUUUUAUAUGGACUGUGCACCUUUUUUUAAAAUAAAAUUAAAAAAAAGAAAAAUGGAAAAUGUUGUGGAGAUGUGGCCUCCUUAACAGUAUUUACACGAGGACAGGACAUGGGCUAAUUUAAGAAUUGGCACUAAUGAUAAAAGUGGGCUUUCUGGUCUUUUUGUAAUUGUAUAAUUUAAUUUAGUAUGAAGUUUGUAAAAUACAGAGUAUAUAUUGUUUCUACAACACGGUAUUGCAUUUAUAUCUUUUUACUACUGUGAUCUGUGAUGGCUGCGAUAGUUUGCAUAUUUUUUUUACAAUUGUAAAAAAAAAAAUCCAUUCAGAGACAUCAAAAUACUGAAGAUUGUGUACAGACUAUUCCCAAGUGAUGGUGACUAAAGUGUAGAAAUGUCACCUUUUUGGAAACACAAUAUUUGUAUUUUCUGUUAAGAGUUUAAAAGUAAAAAAAGAUUUUUUUGCUAUAUAUUAUGGACAAAUGUAAUCGUAAUAUUAAUUUUGUACCUACCUUGUGCAAUACUUGAUAAAAACAGUAUAACAAAA